AUCCAUGGCAUCUCUUCAACUAUUUAUUUAUUAUUAUUCUAGUGUUCUAGUGGUGCAUGCGUUGCGUCUGAGGAGAGGAAAUUAACCUAAAACCAGGGUUAUAUAUAUUGGACUGGCUAGCUAGUAGCUGGUUAACUAUUUGAUGAGAAAAAUGGUGAGGGCUCCUUGUUGUGAGAAGAUGGGGCUAAAGAAGGGACCAUGGACGCCUGAAGAAGACGAGACAUUGAUUUCUUACAUCCGACAACAUGGCCAUUCUAAUUGGAGAGCGCUUCCAAAACAAGCUGGUCUGUCGAGGUGUGGAAAGAGUUGCAGACUUCGGUGGUUUAACUACUUGCGGCCAGACAUUAAAAGGGGAAACUUUAGCAAGGAAGAAGAAGAAACCAUCCUCGAGCUGCAUAAACUUCUAGGAAAUAGAUGGUCUGCCAUCGCAUCAAGAUUGCCAGGCCGGACAGACAAUGAAAUAAAGAAUUUCUGGCACUCUCACUUGAAGAAGAGAGUUGAACAAGAACGUCAAGUACCUGCAGCAGCCCCCCUCCAAAGAAUUCAAUGUCCUAUCCAAUAUGCACCAACAACCUUUUUUAGACUUGACGAUGAUCUUCAUAACAAGUUGUUGUCAAAAACGACAUGUAGUAGUCCAAAUAUUAUUAAUGCAGAUCCGGGACUUGAGCCUCCUUUCUCUUCUUCUUCUAACUCUACCGCAGUGCAAAUCAUGAAAAGGGAAGGUUCCAAGACCCAUGAAGACAUGGAUUUUUGGUACAGCCUCUUUAUGAAAGCUGGAGAGCCAUCAACAGUACCACUGCCAGUCUGCCACUGCAUGUGGGAGUUUAGUGGAAUCUAGUUUUCUUCUUCAAUUCUUUGUUUUUACCCCACAAAAGAAAGCAGAGGAGAGUUGGAAUUCUUGGUUUCAGUUUUUGAA